AUGAGGCUAGAGAAGCUACCGGAAGCGGAGAUACUGAAAACAGCUCGAUACAUGUUCUAUGGUGGUUGGCUCUUCCUUCCUUGGCUGUGGUUGGUGGCCUUCAUUUACAUUCUCCCCGUAACGAGGAAGAGGCCUGAAUUGAAUCCGAGAAUUGCUCAAUAUGCUUGGUGGUCAUUCGUGGGGUCUAUGGUCUGGCUCGUAAUAGCCCUAGCCUGGUUGAGCAUAUACUUGACUCAACGUGUAAAAUGGGGUGCAGGAGGUGACAGAAUAUCAGUGUCGCUUCCUCCAUCUUCCUCGUUUUUCAUAUACAGUACAUAUCACAUAUUUUUUGCAGUAGUCGACUUGCUUUUGGAUGCAUUGAACGGGAAUGACCUCAAAGGAAUGGAAGAAUCUACCUUCGCUGUGAAGGCGAAAGUAUUUGGUGUAUUUGGUGGUCCAACCUUCACUCUAACGAAACCUGCACUGCCCGAAGCUUCGAUUUGA